AUGUUCACUCGACUUCCACAUCUCUUCCCCAGGGUACUUACUCCAUCUACUCGUAUCCCUGCUACUCGAUCAUUCGCCAACAUGACGACCGAUCCCUCUACCUACAAGCUGAACCACACGAUGCUGCGGGUCAAAGACCCCAAGCGAUCGCUGCAGUUCUACGAGUUCCUUGGUAUGAACGUCAUCCAGAAGCUCGACUUCCCCGAAUGGAAGUUCUGCAACUACUUCCUCGCCUAUAAUGGCCCGGCCUCGCUGCAGGGUGGUGACCGCCACUUCACCGACCGCAAUGCCGUGUUGGAGCUCUGCCAUAACUACGGUACCGAGGAUGAUCCCAACUACAGCGUCGUCAAUGGUAACACCGAGCCCUACCGUGGCUUCGGCCACCUCGCCAUCUCCGUGGAUAACAUCGAGGCUGCUUGCAAGCGCAUCGAAGACGCCGGAUAUGCCUUCCAGAAGAAGUUGACUGAGGGCCGUAUGCGACACAUUGCCUUUGCCAAGGACCCCGAUGGCUACUGGGUUGAGAUCAUCCGUCGCUCGGAUGAGAAUCUGUCGACCACCACCGACCCGGGCUCCUAUCGUCUGAACCACACCAUGCUGCGUGUCAAGGAUGCCGAGACCAGCUUGAAGUUCUACCAGGAGUCCAUGGGCAUGACCCUCGUCCGAACUGUCGAGAACCCCGAUGCCAAAUUUAACUUGUACUUCUUGGGCUACCCCAGCUCCAACCCUGAGAUCAAGGAGGGUGCGAAGAACGCCGUUGCCGAGUGGGAAGGUCUGCUUGAGUUGACUUGGAACUACGGCACGGAGAAGCAGGAGGGCCCUGUCUACCACAACGGUAACACGGACCCCCAAGGAUUUGGCCACAUCUGUAUCUCCGUCGAUGACCUCCAGGCGGCCUGCGACCGGUUUGACACGGUUAAUGUCGCCUUCAAGAAGCGCCUGACUGACGGGCGAAUGAAUAACAUUGCUUUCGUCUUGGAUCCCGACAACUACUGGAUCGAGGUGAUUCAGAACGAGCGCAUCAAGCGCACUUCCAACUGGUAG